AUGUAAUUCAUUCAAAACAACACAGAUUAUUAAUAUUAAUUUCAGAGAAAAUUUGUACAAUAAAAAUAGAUAUGUUAUCUUAUUUAAAUAUCAUUUUAGAAUGUGCCUGAAAACAAUGACAUUAUUUCUGUAGCAAGAAACUUAUUUGAUUUAAGAGAGUUUAAAAAUGUGCUUUUUUGUUAUAAAAUUUAAUUCAAAAAAUGA